CGAAUAAGUUGGACAUUGAAGCGCUGACCUUGAGGAAAAUUGGAAUUGGUCUAGGUCAUUAUAUCCAAAGCCGACUGUCUUCUAAUUCACUCGUCGAAUAGCCAAUGAAUCCGAACUACCCUUCGGGCCUCAUAGGAUUCGGAUGGAAUACAGGCCAAAAUGUCACUCCUGCGCCACGAUGGGAACAACCUCAGAUUGGAUUCUGCUUUGAUUCACCAAAUCCUCCAGCUCCUGAAGUUCCUCCACCUAUUCAAAAUCGUGGUGUAGUCGGUUUCAACGUUGAUCAAAUACCGGUAGAUCCACCUUCAGCAUACUCUUUCCCUGCUAACAAUCCUCAGUACCGUGUAUCUGAAGACAAUUUUCGUAAUAGUGUCCCACCACCACCAAGACCAAGUAUUCCUCCUACCAUUAGAUCCAAUUCACCGAAACCAUAUGGUGGAAAUGAUGAGUAUAGAUCAGUUACCCCAACAGCUCCUCCUGAACCUUCAUCUAUACCUAUAAGUUCUAGUCCGAGUAGUGAAGCAGUACACGUGAUCACAAUCAGCAAACCUGACCCUUAUAAAUCUCGCACCAAUAAUACUAAUACUACUUCGACAACUAAUAGUAAUCGUCAAUUGAAUCGACGUGACAGUUAUCAAGAUUCACUCAAAGAUAUGGCUGCACUUAUGACUGAUGUUGAAUUAACCGAUGACGUGAUCAAUGGUAUGCGUAGACGUUUCGAUUUAGAUAAAUGACACACACACAUACAUGCAUACACAAGCCGUUUUUUCAAUCAUCUCCACUGCUUUGUUACCUCAUUAAAAGAUAAUCUUGAUAGUGUGUGUGUGUGUCUGCGUAUGUGUGUGUAUAUUGAUUUCAAAUAAUGAAUACAGCACUACAGCACUAUUUUAGCUUAUAAUUAGCUCCUCCUCCUCCUUGUUGCCUCUUUCCUCCCACAUGCACGCCAAAUCUCACACAUAUUUUGCUUUCUUAUGUGAUAUUUUUUCUCUCUUCUUUUUUUGUUUUUGUAAAAAAAUCUAAUUAAUAAUCAUAAAGACGAAGACGAAUGAUGAGUAUUAGUGAAACUAAACAUUAACAUUUUAUUUAUUGAAUGAUUACUUUGUCUAUCUUAUAUAUUUACAAGAUUAAUUUUGUCCUCUGUACAAAAAGAAAAGCAUAGCAACACAGUUGAUUAUGAUGCAUGCUUUCGUUUUUCAGUUUUUGCUAUUUAUCGCUCUCUCUAUAUAUACAUACAUCUGCAUAUUCUUAUUCAGCUUGCCUUGAUUAUUUAUUUAAUAUAAAUCUGUGAUG